AUGGCACUUAGACAUACAAGACCAAAUUACAAGUUGGUAGAUAUAUCUGAUGAUGAGUAUAGUGAUUCAUCAUCAUCAUCGUCAUCAUCUGAUCAUGAUGACGAUCAUUCAGGCGACGAUGUAGACAUUCAAGACCAACACGAAGGUUUAAUUCAAAACUUUCAAGAGAGAGCCAAUAUUAUGCACAGAGAUGCCUACAAUCAGACAAUGGCAACUAUUGGAGGUGGAGUAGGUGGACAAGAUGCCAUUCUCAAGAUGAUCGAUGAAAAGUCAAAGAAAAAGAUGAUGGACAUCAAGACUAUCAGCGAGAAGCAGUCUGAUCUCGACAAAAAGAUAUCUACUCUUCUUACCAUCAUCGAAGAUCCAUGGCAAGAUCUUGAAGUUGAUCAAAGUGCACCUGCAUGUAUCAUCGAAGGUGAACUUUACAAAAAGAGAUUCAACUCUACUUGGAAGAAAUAUUAUUUUGCCCUAAAUGGAAAUAGUUUAUAUUAUUAUAAAUCAAGAAAUACAAAGAAACCAAAGGGAAUCAUUUCAAUUUCAUUUGUAUCACCACCAAUUGGAUUGACUGAAAAGAAUAUCGUUGAUAUGAAGACACCGGAUGUUAGUAAUUACUUUAUGCAGGUGUUUUCACCAAAACGUAUCGAUUCAAUCUGUGCCACCAACAAUGAGGAUUUUGAACGUUGGUGCAAUAUUUUGCAGAAAUUGGUCAAGGACAAGUUGGAGGUGAACGACUAUACCUGUCGUUUCAAUGCAUUCCAAGAGGUCUAUCCAUUGUUUGAGAAAAAGAGUGAGAUGGAGUUGAACAGACUUUUAUUGCUCUUGGCAGAGAUUGACAACAAAUCGACACAUAUCAUUGGAAAGGCUAAAAAGGAAAAGACUGGUAAUCUCAUGAUGAUGGAGGAUGAUGAAAUCACUGGUCAAAUCACUUGGAAACAAUAUUACUUUGCAUUAUUAGAUAAAUGUCUUUAUUAUUAUAAAUCUUCUAAAUUGCCACCACAAGGAGUUAUUACAUUAAAAUAUACAGAUGUUCAAAUAUGUGAUACAACAAUCUCAAAUGAUUUACAAUAUUCGUUUAAAUUGACUACACCAUUGAGUGUAUUUAUUCUCAAGGCAAAACACCAAGUAUCUUUGGAGGAUUGGGUUGAUACUUUGAACCAAUCAAAGCACGGUAAACCAUCCAACAACAUUCUCGGUCACAUUCCUUUACCAUUCAACCUUCAAAAUCAAGAGUCUAGCAGUCUUGUAGGCUCAAUGAAUAUCAACAACAAUAAUCAUAACAACAAUAAUCAUAGCGAUACCAAUAGUCACAACAAUUCACCAACUCCAGGUCUAGUGAUGAGUGGAUUGGGUAAAAAAUUCAUUCCUACCUUGGUUUACACUCCUGUCAAUGCUUCACCAGGAUCCAAGCCUAAAAAGGUCAAGCUUUCACUUGGAUCCAAUACCAUUGGACGUUCGGAAUCAUGUAGUGUCGUCAUUGACGACAAACAAGUGUCUCGUAUGCAUUGCAAGGUUGAAGUGACCGAUACCACCUGUACUAUUUUGGAUAUUGGGUCUGGUCAUGGCACCAAAAUUAAUCGUAGAACAAUCGAUCGUCAUAACCUCGAAAUUGGUGAUACCAUCAAAAUUGGUAAAACUAAAUUAAAGUUUAAUGGUAACUAA